AGCGCGGUCACGUGACUGCUGCGGCCCCCGCCAAGAUGGCGGCGUCCUGCUUCGUCCUGCUGGCGCUGUGUCUGCUGCUGCCGCUGCUGCUGCUGGGAGGAUGGAAGCGCUGGCGGCGGGGGCGCGCCUCCCAGCACGUAGUGGCCCUGGUGCUGGGCGAUGUGGGCCGCAGCCCCCGCAUGCAGUACCACGUGCUGUCGUUGGCCAAGCACGGCUUCUCGGUGACCCUCCUGGGGUUCUGCAACUCCAAACCCCACGAUGAGCUCUUGCAGAACGACAGAAUUCAGAUUGUGGGGUUGACAGACCUUCAGAGCCUUGCAGUUGGGCCCCGAGUUUUCCAGUACGGAGUCAAAGUUGUAUUCCAGGCCGUGUACUUGCUGUGGAAGUUGAUGUGGAGCGAGCCAGGUACCUAUAUCUUUCUCCAGAACCCCCCAGGGCUGCCUGGCAUUGCUGUCUGCUGGUUUGUGGGCUGCCUUUGUGGAAGCAAACUCGUCAUUGACUGGCACAACUAUGGCUACUCCAUCAUGGCUCUGGUCCAUGGCCCCAACCACCCCCUCGUUCUGCUGGCCAAGUGGUAUGAGAGGUUCUUUGGGCGCCUCUCCCACCUGAACCUGUGUGUUACCAAUGCCAUGCGGGAAGACCUGGCGGAGAACUGGCACAUCAGGGCCGUGACCUUCUACGACAAGCCAGCAUCUUUGUUUAAAGAGACGCCUCUGGACGUGCAGCACCGGCUCUUCAUGAAGCUGGGGGGCUCGCACUCUCCGUUCAGGGCCCGCUCAGAGCCUGAGGACCCAGCCAUGGAGCGAUCAGCCUUCACAGAGUGGGAUGCUGGCAGUGGGCUGGUGACACGCCGCAGCGGGCGGCCAGCUCUGCUGGUCAGCAGCACGAGCUGGACAGAGGAUGAAGACUUCUCCAUCCUGCUGGCAGCUUUAGAAAAGUUUGAACAACUGACUCUUGACGGACACAACCUUCCUUCUCUCGUCUGUGUGAUAACAGGCAAAGGACCGCUGAGGGAGUAUUAUAGCUGCCUCAUCCGCCAGAAGCAUUUCCAGAACAUCCAGGUCUGCACCCCCUGGCUGGAAGCUGAGGACUACCCCCUGCUUCUAGGCUCGGCGGACCUGGGUGUGUGUCUGCACACGUCCUCCAGUGGCCUGGACCUGCCCAUGAAGGUGGUGGACAUGUUCGGGUGCUGUCUGCCAGUGUGUGCGGUGAACUUCAAGUGUUUACAUGAGCUGGUGAAACAUGACGAAAACGGCCUGGUCUUCGAGGACUCGGAGGAACUGGCAGCUCAGCUGCAGAUGCUUUUCUCAAACUUUCCUGAUCCUGCGGGCAAACUAAACCAGUUCCGGAAGAACUUGCAGGAGUCGGAGCAGCUCCGAUGGGAUGAGAGCUGGGUGCAGACCGUGCUCCCUUUGGUUACAGACUUAUGACCCUUGGGCCAGAGGCUGAAACCCCACGACCCCUGCUGCCCUCCCUGCAGCUGCUUCCCAGAGCCUCAGGGCAAACCCUUUCGAGCAGCAGCUUCCCAGUGGUCAGAAGCUGAAAUGACGGCAGUUUGGUGAAUGAAGGGAUUCCGUGGCCCAGGAA